AUGGGUUGGGGGAUGGUGACGAUGGCACGUUUUGCCCCCUACUCCGACUUGUAUUGCCCCGACAACCCUUGCAUUCGUGUCUAUGCCUCUGCUUCUGCCAGACUCUCAAGCAAGAGGACACUGCCCGACACUGCCCGGACUGACCGGAGAGAGACAAUAUGGGUGAGUCGAUUUGGCAGCCGGUCUCCAUGUGGCUCCAGCGUCGUCUGCAUCAACCUCCUGAGCAGACUGACCGUCGGCCAACACUUGUGCACGCAAGGGACGAGCAUGAGGAUCUACGAACGGACAGAGGAGGCGACAAACAUACAAAGACGGAAACAUGGGGACGAGAUAACAGUCACUUGGACAUACACACGAGGUGACAAAGAUGGCAUGAAUUUGUGGCUACUUGUAUCUUUUAUGGCUGCGUGUCAAGCUGUCUGUAGUGUUUGCGCGUGUGCGCACACAUUUCUGACAAGAAUGCGCCUCUGCCGAUCCACUUCAUACCAAGUCACGCGCGUUGCCGUAUUAAAAGUAGGCUUCUUCCCCACCCUCGUCUGUGAACAGCGCCUGAAGAGGCAGCGGACAGGAGUCGCCUCGACUUGGGGUGAGGCGAAUCGGUGCUUCGGGCGCCCACAAAACAGCGAGAAACCAAUUUUAUUGGAGAGCUUUUUUGCCUCUUAG